AUGGCCUUAGCUUUUUUCCUACAGCUUGAGACGUAUCAGGCUUGUGUUUAUAUUGAAAAAAACUUUGAAAUUAUCGAUAUAUAUUUGGCAGCCGCAGAAUUUGUAAAAAAGCUGUUAUCUGCUCAAGAUGAGUCUAAGAUAGUGGAUAAUCUUACACUCUACUGCAACAAGGACAGUACAGUUGAUGGUUAUAAACAAGUAACAAGCACUUCAGAUAUUGUUUCUGGUUGCGUGAUUCAAAUAGUUUUAAAUGAUAAUAUUCAAAUUGAAAGACAAGUACAAGUUGUCGGUCACAAUUUUCAAGUACACAGUUAUCGAUCACCUCAUUUUUGUGAUUACUGUGGGGAAGUAUUAUUUGGUUUGGUACGUCAAGGUUUACGCUGUUCAGGUUGUAGUCAAAAUUUUCACAAAAAAUGCGCGUUCAAAAUACCCAACACAUGUACUGGUACAAGUUCCAGGUCAAUUUUAACAAAACAAUCCAGUUUCGAUAUAAAUAAUCAAAAGUCAUCUAGUUUGUCAAAAAACACCGCCCAAUCACAUUCUCUUCAUGGAAACGAAGAUCAAUCUUCAUCUGUUCAGUAUCAAAAAAAUAAAUCUCAACAAUCGUUUGAUGCCGGUUUGACAAGUAAAUCAGUUGAUCAGUUGAAAAAUCAAUCCAGUUAUGAAAUUAAUGGUCAUGCUAUCAGCAGUGCAACUAUCCAACGAUAUAAGUCAAUUGUUAAAAUUGGUCAUAUUCAACCAAUUAAUACAUCACCUCUUCGAAAAAGUAGUCUACUACUAGGUAAACCAUUAUGGAGUCAACAAGUAAUUGAAAAACCUAUUGAAGUUCCGCAUACAUUUGAAUUAAGACGAAGUGCUAAGCCUAUUGUUUGUCAAAAUUGUCAUCGUUUAUUACAUGGAUUAUUUCGGCAAGGUUUACAAUGUAAAGACUGCAAGUUAUGGGUACACAAAAAAUGUGCUACAUUCAUACCAAAUAACUGUGACGGUGAACAAUUUUCUCAAGAAGACAAUUCUAGCAAAGAUAUGCAAUCGCGAAAUUCCUCUGCCCUAUCAAUUACAACAUUGUUAGGAGUACAAGACACAACUGCAUUAUCAGCAUCAUCAUCAGCCUCAUCAUCAUCAACGUCAAGUGGACCAAGCAAAUUUAGAAAACGUUUAUUUCUUCGUGGACAAACAGUUAGUGCUAUCAAUUCUCAAACUAUAAAUGAACAAUCACCACCAUCACGACCACCACCACAACAACAACAGAAAUCGGAAACAUCGUCAAUCGAUCAAAAACAUAGUAAAUUAUUACAUUUAACAAAAAGACAAGUAACUGAAGAAAAUCUAUGUUCAGCUUCAAAAGAUGAACUGUUGGAUGUUCAACCAUAUGAUAAUAAACAAUAUUUUGUGGAACAAACAACAAAUUCGUCUACUACUAACAAUAAUAAUCAAUUAGAUCGUACAACUGAUGUAGAAAUUGUUCAAUCAACAAUUGAAAAACGUAAAGCACAAUUUCGUUUACAACAUCAAAUGAAACAAUUUUGUGGACCAGAUAUAAAAUUCAAUGGUCUAAUUAAAUCAGAUGAGACUACUGAUCCACAGAGUAGUAAAAGUAUCGAUCAAACAACUCAUUUACAAAUGGAUUUACAUAAUUUAUCGACUGAUCUAAGAAAUUCCUUUGGAAGACCUUUGAUCAAGAUUAAUCCAUCAUUAUGUGGACAACGAAAUAUUCCAUUAAUGCGUGUUGUUCAAUCAGUUCGUCAUACUAAAUGCUCUGGAAGUAGUUUAAUUAUAAGAGAAACUUGGAUGGUUCAUAGAACUAACAAGGAUCCAGUUUUGCGUCGACAUUUUUGGCGUCUUGGAACUAAAUCGAUAACAAUGUUUUAUCAUGAGAAGACAAACCGAUAUUUUAAGGAACUUAAUUUAAACGAUAUUAUUUGUUUAGAACCAGCUGGUACUAAUCCUUAUCCAUGGUGUCAUUCAAACACUAUCAAAUCUACAACAAAUAACGGUUCAAUUGUUAUUCAGAAAAAUAUCAAUGAUUAUGAUACUCGUUUAAAAUCAUUAAAUUUGAAUGAAUUUACAGCAAAGUUAAAAACUAAUAAUAACAAUAUUAAUAAUAAUAAUAAUAAUAAUAAUAAUAAUAAUAAUGAGAAUGAUACAAAAUUGGAUAAUUCAUGUAUUAUACCAGAUCAUGUGUUUGAAUUACGUUGUGUUGAUGAUUUAAUUUAUUAUGUUGGUCAAUUAGGUUAUAUGGAAAGUUUAGAUAAUGAAAAUGAUACAUCAUCAUCAUCAUUAUUAUUCAGUAAAUUACAUUCACGACGUAAAUCCCAUUUUCCGGCAUUACCAACAGCUAUAUCCUAUGUACGUAAAGCUUCUGCACCAUUAUAUGGUUUAGUAUAUUUGCCUGAACCAUUACCUCCAACAACAACAACAUCUGGAACAUCUUCAGGCCAAUCUUCAACUACGAAAUCAUCGAAUUUUUUAAAAGUUGAUUUAUCUCAAUGUAUGAAAACUCAAAUAACUGGUCAUUGUAUUCAAGAGAAUUUCAUAAAUGAUGGUUGUUAUCGUGUAGCUAUCUUACCACCACCUCCAGGAACUGGAUUAGAUUUAGCGAAACAUUUAGAAACAGCUAUACGUCAAUCAAUGCUACCAUUGACAUCAAGAACAAGCUCACAAAAAAGUACAACAAUUAAAAAUGUAAAUAAUCAUUUGCCACAACAACAACAACCAGAAACACAAAACUCUCUGCCUACAUCAAGUAUAAAUGAUACAUUGAAUACAUGCAAAAUUGCAGAUAAAGAUCUAGUUAACAAAUCAGAAUGUUCACAAAUAUCUCAUGAACAAAUUGAUGAAAAAAUUAAUGAGAUAUCAGAUUUAGAACGAGCUGAAGAAGAUGAUAAUGGAACAGGAAGUUCUAUCAGUGCUUUUAUUGAAAGUAAACAAUCUAGUGAUAAUGUUCAAGCACUGUACGAAAUAUUUCCUGAUGAAGUUUUAGGCUCCGGUCAAUUCGGUAUUGUUUACGGAGGUAUACAUCGUAAAACAAAACGUGAAGUGGCCAUUAAAGUUAUUGACAAAUUACGAUUCCCUACUAAAAAAGAAGCACAAUUAAAGAAUGAAGUAUCUAUUCUACGUAACCUGAAUCAUCCCGGAGUAGUGAAUCUUGAAAGAAUGUUUGAAACACCGAAGCGCGUAUUUGUAGUGAUGGAAAAGCUAGCAGGCGAUAUGUUGGAGAUGAUUCUUGGAUCACCACAGGGCCGACUAACAGAACGAGUUACGAAAUAUUUGGCAACACAAAUACUAGUUGCCCUACGUUAUCUCCACUUACGAAGUAUUGUGCAUUGUGAUCUCAAGCCAGAAAAUGUCCUUCUAGCCAUACCACCUAACACAGAUGUGAACAAUAUCGGGCUACCAGAAGUUUCACAGAAGGUAGCGCAACAGUUCCCACAAAUCAAGCUGUGUGACUUUGGGUUUGCACGGAUUAUAGGCGACAAGUCAUUCAGACGAUCACUGGUUGGCACACCAGCCUACUUAGCUCCAGAAGUACUGAAAAACCGUGGCUACAACCGAGGGAUUGAUAUGUGGUCCGUUGGAGUGAUACUUUACGUAAGCCUUAGUGGGACGUUUCCAUUUAAUGAGGAGGAAGAUAUAACCGAACAGAUUGAAAAUGCCGAAUUUAUGUAUCCCAGUGACCCGUGGGACAACAUAUCUGAAGAAGCCAUACACCUCAUAACACAUUUGCUGCAAGUGCGCCUCAGAAACAGAUUCUCCGUUGAGAGAAGCCUUAACCAUAUUUGGAUGCAGGACUACAUAUGUUGGUGUGACUUACGUCGGUUAGAAGCAUCACUUUCAAAUGAAAGUCGGUUCCUUACUGCAAAUGCAGAUGAUGCGCGAUGGGAACGAUAUCGUGAAAAAUGGAACAGCGAGGCUGAUACCGAACAAGGGACCCGUGCUUCUGACCAGGUAUCACGUAAGCUUCCGAUAUGGAAAGAAAUUGCUUGGAGAACAGAUAUUAAUUUUUAGCCUAUAUAUUUGCAGCUAAAUGAACCUCUACGAAACCCAUUGUAAUAAUAAAACAUUUUAAUGAAUGAUUUUUAACACAUUUGUGCAUAAUAGACAGGAUGGGUGAGACAAAAGGAUAGCACAAUGGAAAUGUGGAACAAAUCAGUUUAACUAGAUGUAGGACGAGGAAUUCAGUAUUUUAGUCAAUUUUAGCGAUAACCGGUAUAAUACUGACUCAUGGUUGGCGCUGGUGGAGCAGUAGCAGUUGGUAACCCGCCGGGAGGAGCCCCACCAA